CGCCCCAGGCCUGGCCUGGCUGCUCGGGAGCGCGCCCCGGAGGCCCGCCCUGUCUUCGUCCGGCGGGACCGCUCCCGACGCGGCGGCCAGCACUAGCCGGCCCAUGCAAGCAAGUCACCACUUAGAGGACUCAGCAGAUGAAUAAGGAAUUCAUCUUAUUACCAGCGGCAUUCAAACAUUUGUGAAAUUUAAGAAUUGUAUCUGCAGUUCUGAUUCGUGGAUCUUCAAAGAAAGUAGAGAAGAUUUCAAGAUUUACAAAGGUGCAGGUUUGUGCAGAUUUGAAGACGUAUCUUAUGAACUUGUAAAACAGACGUGUUUGAGAUGUGGUGGUUUCAGCAAGGUCUCAGUUUCCUUCCUUCUGCCCUAGUAAUUUGGACAGCUGCUGCUUUCAUGUUUUCGUACAUUAUUGCUAUAACACUCCACCAUGUUGACCCUGCUUUGCCUUAUAUCAGUGACACCGGUACACUGCCUCCAGAAAAAUGCUUGUUUGGGGCAAUGUUAAAUAUCGCCGCAGUUUUAUGCAUUGCUACAAUUUAUGUUCGUUAUAAGCAAGUUCAUGCUCUGAAUCCUGAAGAGAAUCGUAUCAUCAGAAUAAACAAGGCUGGCCUUGUACUUGGAUUACUGAGUUGUUUUGGACUUUCUAUCGUGGCAAACUUCCAGAAAACAGACUUUUUUCCUGUACACAUAUGUGGAGCUGUGCUCACCUUUGGUAUGGGCUCGUUAUAUAUGUUGGUUCAGACCAUCCUUUCCUACCAAAUGCAGCCCAAAAUUCAUGGCAAACAAGUCUUCUGGAUUAGACUAUUGCUGGUUAUCUGGUGUGGAGUAAGUGCAUUUAGCAUGCUGACUUCCUCAUCAUUGUUGCGCAGUGGCAAUUAUGGCAAAGAUGUAGACCAGAAACUCCAUUGGAACCCUGAGGACAAAGGUUAUGUGCUUCACAUGAUCACCACUGCAGCAGAAUGGUCUUUGUCAUUCUCCUUCUUUGGUUUUUUCUUGACUUACAUCCGUGAUUUUCAGAAAAUUUCUUUACAAGUGGAAGCCAAUUUACAUGGAUUAACCCUCUAUGACACUGCUCCUUGCCCUGUUAACAAUGAACGAACACGGCUACUUUCCAGAGAUUUAUGAUGAAGGGAUAAAACAUUUCUGUGAUGAUUAUGAUUCUCAGGGAUUGGGGAAAAUGUUCAUGAAAGUUACUGACUCUGCUCUGAAAUUUUCAACCAGUUAAUCAAGGCUGACAGUGACUUUGAUGAACACUGAUAAACAAGAGACAUAAAGCCGUUUGAUAAGUUAUUUUAAAGGAUAUCAUCAAGAAGAGCAUGGGAAAACAUUUAUGCCUAUACUUUUUUUUAAUCCCAGAAAAUAAAACCAAAGGACUACAACAUUGUAGAUUUUUUUCCUACUUAUGAGAAACAACCAGAAGUGUACCAAGCAGUCUACAAAAUCCAGCAUUUCAUAUUUUCUAAAUCAUCGUAAAGCGUGUUUUGUUUGGAGCACUUUUAUAAGAGACAUUUUCCAGGACCCCAGAUACUCAGCAUUGCUCAGCAGCUCCUUUAGAAUUGGGUUUUGAAGUAAUAGUUUUACCGUAUCACUACAUUUCUUACAGUCUUUAUAAAAUUUUUUUCUUCUGGAAUCCACUUAUUAAGGAGAGCAGACCUGAAUUCAUGUAAGCACUUUCAUUGCUUAGGCUUUGCACAAGUGAUUCUGUAGGUGUUGAUUUAAUUCCUGCCAUAAGGCCAAAUACUAUGCCAACUAGUCUGUCACACAUCCUUGCAAGAGGUUCAUGAAGCUUAGUCUCUGAAAUGGGAUUUUAAUCACUUCAUGCAUGAGAGAAGUAGCUAUAGGUAAGUUUACUUCAGUUGUGAUCUACACAAAACAAGGGCUAGUGUUCACACAUAAGGCUGAAAAGUUGUGAGUAAUAGCAGAUAUGAUUAAUAGAAGUUACCACAAACUGCUGUCAAGAGCUUCUUAGAUUUUCAUUUAUAUAGAAAUUAUAAUUAUUUGUAAAAGUAGUCUUGAAUGAGCAAAUACUAACCCUUUUAAACAAGGUGUGAUCUUUGUAGGAAGGACAAAAUCAAUCCAAAGGGGGGAGAGGGGGAGAAAACUAGGUACAAAAUAGUUGUGAUACUUGUAUCCACAAAAACAACUUUCUCUCUCUUUCUGUCAUGCAAGUGAUUGGAUAGCUUCUACUUGGAUCCAUAUCUGUGCAGAUAAAGAAUGGUUUACAGAUCCCAGAGAAAUUCAAAAGAAGAAAAUGAUCAUCCAAGGUUCCCAGUGACUGGUUCUCAAAAGAAUCUUUGAAGAAGAUUAGCAGGGUUUAUCAUUUUAGAAGAAAUGAUCCCAUGGCCAAAAUAAAAGAUGGUGACAAGUUUAACGUAUAAGAGGGAGCACUUUAAAAGAAAAUGGUUAUCUGGUGGAAUUAGAAAUCUCAAUUAGGAAUAAGUUUCUAGAUAUAAGACUGUGUAAAUAAUACUGCUGAAGACUUCUGGGCUAAUAAGACAGAAAGUGGAAUAAAAUACUAUUUACAUAGGUCACACAGUAGUGACCAUGGGAGAUACUUCAAUAAAUAUCGAUGCAUUGAAACUGACAUCACUAGAAAAAUAUUUGGAUACAAACCAUGAAAAAUUUCUUUCAUGCCUCUGAAAAUCAUAGUGCAACCACACCUGAGAAACACUGGUGGGUCCUGACUCCUGUACAUCAAGGAAGCUGAAAUUCAAGUUGUGAAGGACCACAUAUGCAAAACUGCAUUUCCCAGCCUCCCUUACAAUUAAGAAUUGCAUGAGACUGAAUAUUAGCCACUGAAAUGUAAGUGAAAUGGAUGUAUUUGUUGUUUUCAUAUUAAGAUUCUGAAAAAGGGGAAUGCCCGUCCCCUUUUUUUUCCUCUUUCCAUUCAAUGGAUAUUAUUGAUGAUAAGAUUUUAGGAGAUGGCAGAAUCACAUGGUAAAAGGAACCUGAACUAGUCCACUUCUAAUUUUAGAUUUUAGAAAAUCAAACAAGAUCUUCUAUAAUUUAGGAGCUCCAUUUUUAUCCAUCCCAGUUACUGAGAUUAUAUUUUGCUGGAAUAGUGUCAUAUGUUGUAAGUGCUCAGUGGAUUUAUGAAAGAGAAAGAGCUUCUCUUAUCUCUUCUGCCUUGUCCUGUAUAGACUCACUGUGAAAUGAAGUUCAGUAAACAUUGGCUUAUCUUUAUAAAUCCGUGAUUUAUGUUUUGCUUCUUUUCAAUCAGCCAGAUUGCUAGUUUUAGAAAGAAUGUACUCACUUACUAGGAAGAUAAGAACAUAGAACAGCACUAAAACAGGAAAAAUCUUUCUGAGGCAUUGUGAGUGUAAGCAACUGUAUCCUCCAAAAGGCAUGGUAAUUUGAGAGAGAGUUCACCUUCUCAGGAAGCCUGAGUAGAAUACAAAGAGAAAACCUCAAAUUCUAACUUAUGCCUUCGGAAUGUAGUGCAAAGAGAAACUCCACAUGUUUGGAAAGCUGGCGAUUUAGCUGAAAAACACAAAGGUUCUACUAAGUUCUCACCAAUUCUCAGAUCCCAAUUCCUGCUGAAAGGAAAUCUUCAUUUAAAAUAUUUGAACCAAGUGGUAAAACUAAACUAAAUCAGCACAGCUCAUCUCCACAUCAACCACAGAUUAGAUUGAUGCAGCUUCCCAGUCUAAGAGCCUGACAAGGAAUAGGCACACCCUUUUGUGGAGGUAAUUAUCAUUUAUUUUCAUACCUACUGUUCUUUUAUAGAAAAUAUCCAGCAUGCAGCAAGAAAUUAUAAGACCUUCAAGGAGCAGAGACAUUUGAUUUGAUUCAGAGAGAAGUCAAUAGAAGUGAACUCAGAGAUUGCCCAGAUAUUGUAGUUAUCAGAAGUAGAUUAACUAUGAUAAAUUGCUGAAGGAGGUAGUAAAAAGGGUGGAAAACAUGCAUGAAAAGAUGGGGAAUUUCAGCAAAUACAUGUAAACUAUGGGAAACAAAAAGAAAAUUCUAGAAUUGAAUAUGAUAUGACUACAUAGGAAAUGAUUUGAUAAACUUGGAAGACAGGACAAUUGAAAAUAAAAAACUGAAAAUCAAAGAGAAAAAGGAGUGAAAAUAAAAAGGACAGAGUAUUUGAGUUUUGAAGGCAAAAUCAAAUGGCCUUGCAUCUUGUAAUUGAGUUUCACAAGGUGAAGAAAAAGAGAAUGGCACAGAAGAAAUGUUUGAAGAGAUAUUGACAGAGAACAUAUCCACAAUUGAUGGAAAUUAACACAGAAAAUCAACAAAAAAGUGAGACUUUGGAAAUGAUUGAAAUUGAUAAACACCUAGCAGGAUUAAUAUGCUGAGCUGAAUAGUAUUCUCUCAAAAGCCAUGUCCAUCCAGAACUUUAGAAUGUGACCUUAUUUGGAAGUAGGGUUAUUGUAGAUAUACUUAGUUAUGACAUCAUACUAUAUCGUAUUAAAUCCAAUGAUUUAGUGUCCUUAUAAGAAGACCAUAAAGAGACACAGAAACAGAAGGCCAAGUGAAGAUAAGGCAGGGAUUGGACUAAUGCAUCCUCAAGCCAAAGAUUGCUAGCCACCAGAAACUAGUAAAAGGUGAGGAGCAAUCCUCUCCUACAGCCUUUAAAAGGCUCCUCGAUUUUCAAAGGAAAAUGUGACAGAGUACAUUUCUAUUAUUUUCAAGCCACUCAGUUUAUGGUUAUUUGUUAUAAUAGCUUAGGAAACAAAAAAACUGAUCAAGUAAAAGAGAAAACAGAUUAGUAAUAUCAAGAAUGAAAAGUGAGCCAUCAAUACAGAACAUGUUGACAUUAAAGAUAAUAAGAGCAUGUAAUGGACAACUUUAUACCAAUAAAUUCAACAACUAAGAUGAAAUGGA